AUGGAUAUACAAUCUGAUGAAGCGCCCCCAACAUACGGAUUUGAUUGCCUGCCUCAAGAAAUUGUCCUUGACAUAGCUUCUAGGCUUCCCAUAACAUCUUUACUUCAAUUCAUGUUUGUUCGCAAAUCGUUUUACAACUUGUCUCAUGAUCCUGAGCUUGUGAAUUUGCACCUGUCUCGUGCAGUUAAGAACGAUCCGUGCAUUACUAUUAACGCGCAUAAUCAGCUGUACUUUCUUGAAUUUUCUGAUCAUGGUGUGGAAGAAGGUGUUGUGAGGAAAAUCAGCAACCCUAUUGCAAACUCUAUGCCAGGAUUUCAAGUGGUUGGUUCAUGUCAAGGACUGUUGUAUAUAUAUGAAUCUCUGCGUAGUAAGGGACUUUAUGUGUACAAUCCUUUUACAGGGGACUAUAAAGAGCUGCCUAAAUUUAGGGAGAAAAGUUUGGAUUUUGGAUUUGGUUUUAGUCCUGCUAUCAAUGAGUACAAGGUGAUUAGGAUCAUACAUUAUGGCCACUGGCUCCCUCGUAAACGAGAUAUUCAAGGGAAGAUGCAUUGGGUUGCUUUGUUUGGAAAUUAUUUAGGACGUAAUGAUAGGCUUAUUGUUUCCUUUGAUUUAGCUGAUGAGGUAUUUAGAGAAGUACCAAUAGUUGAUUUUGGUGUAGACCCAAGGAUUAACAAGUUUCAUCUAGCAGUUCUUGGAGGCUGUCUUGCUGUUGCUAUAACUCUUCCUCACCAUACAGGGAGAGAAUUAGAAAUUUGGGUAAUGAGAGAAUACAAUGUGAAAGAGUCUUGGGUGAAGGAGUUCAAAAUUGGAGCUUACACACCAAAUCCAAAUUCUGUCACUCAACAUUGGCAGCCGUUGUUGAAAGUUUUAUGCCUGCUGAAUAAUGGAAAGCUCUUGCUUGAGUACAACUAUUUACCGUACAAAUACAGCGGAUAUCUGAUUUCAUAUGAUCCUCAAAGUGGUGUCUUUAGGACUCUAAAGUUUGAGGGGAUGCCUGAUUUAUUUAAGACAAUUGUUCAUGUGGGCUGCCUUAAUUGGAUUGAUAAUCCACCUGCAAUCUUUAUUAAAAUUAGUCCAUCAAACUUAUCAGAUACCUUCUUGUUGAAAAGCUUAGUCGUUUAUGUUUAA